CCGGCGCCGCUUCCCUCCUCCCCUCGCCGGCAGAGGAAGGAGGCGGCUGCCGGCUCUCCCCGACCGCGCAUGCGGCUGUGCCGGGCCGGGGCAGCGCCGCCGCGCUUGGGGGCUGAAGUGCGGGUGUCCCUUCCCCCGGCGGGCCCCCGUCAGCGCCCCCGCAGAUGGGCUUAGGCUGGAGCAGCGCGGAGGAGCGGCAGCCCCUCCUGCCGCCGCCGCCACGGCAGCAGCAGCCGCCACGGCGACGGCCGCAGCCGCGGGGUCCGGCGGGGGGCCCGGCGGUGCCGGCGGCGGUGCCGGUGCCGGUGCGGCGGCUGGCGCCGUUGGCAGGCCGCGUCUACGGGCGGCGGUGGCUGGUGUUGCUGCUGUUCUCGCUGCUGGGCUUCGCCCAGGGCCUGGUGUGGAACAGCUGGGGCCCCAUCCAGAACUCGGCCCGCCUGGCUUUCGGCUUCAGUGGCUGGGACAUCGCCCUGCUCGUCUUCUGGGGGCCCAUCGGCUUCGCGCCCUGCUUUUUCUUCAUGUGGCUCAUGGACAAGAAGGGUCUGAGGGUAACUGUGUUACUAACAUCAUCCCUCAUGGUAUUGGGAGCUGGCCUGAGAUGUGUUCCAGUUUCAGACCUUGAAAUUAGGAAGAGGCUGAUUCACGGAGGGCAGCUGUUGAAUGGCUUGGCAGGGCCAACUGUGAUGAACGCGGCGCCGUUUCUUUCCACAACAUGGUUUUCUCCAGAUGAACGUGCCACAGCAACUGCCAUCGCGUCACUGCUCAAUUACCUGGGCGCAGCUGGUGCGUUUCUAGUGGGACCUCUUGUGGUGCCAUCUCCUAAUGGAACAUCUCACCUUCCACUGGUAUCGCAGAGCAACGCUGAGCACAUCAAGGACCGCAUUGAGGCUGUGCUGUAUGCAGAAUUUGGAAUGGUUUCCCUGAUAUUUUCGGCCGCGUUGGCUUACUUCCCCUCGCGCCCUCCAUUCCCUCCCAGCGUGGCUGCAGCAAGUCAACGGCUCAGCUACAGGAGAAGUUUCUGCAGACUCUUAAGCAAUUUCCGAUUCUUGAUGAUUGCUUUAGCCUAUGCUAUACCACUGGGUGUUUUCUCUGGCUGGUCUGGUGUUCUGGAUUUGAUAUUAACGCCAGUUCACGUAAGCCAAGUAGAUGCAGGCUGGAUUGGAUUUUGGUCUAUAGUUGGAGGCUGUGUUGUUGGCAUAGCCAUGGCAAGAUUUGCAGAUUUUAUCAGGGGCAUGCUGAAGUUUAUACUGCUGCUGCUUUUAUCUGGAGCAACAUUAGCAUCAACCUGGUUCACUCUCACCUGUCUAACUAGUGUCACUCAUCUGCCUUUAACCACAGCUACACUGUACACGUCCUGCAUUUUGUUGGGUAUAUUCCUCAACAGCAGUGUACCAAUAUUCUUUGAGCUCUUCGUGGAGACAGUCUACCCUGUUCCAGAAGGAAUAACCUGCGGAGUUGUCACCUUUUUGAGUAAUGUGUUUAUGGGAGUGCUUUUGUUUUUCCUCACAUUUUACCAUACAGAGUUUUCCUGGUUCAACUGGUGCCUGCCAGGAUCAUGUCUGCUCAGCCUGCUCCUCAUCCUGUGCUUCCGUGAGUCCUACGACAGACUCUAUCUCGAUGUCGUCGUCUCUGUGUGAUAACGCUGGACUGGUGAGGGGUUGGAAGAGACUGGAAGUUAACUUAGCAGUCUGCACAUCUGCCUGGAUUUGCACAGUGGAACAGCAGAAAAACAGAGAAAUUACAAGACUUAAUCGUGACUUUAUUACAGAGGGUGAGGGACAGGUUGUUCCUACGUUCAAGACCACCUUGAUUUGUGAUAAACGUGGAACCUGAGUGGCGAUAAUGAUGCCAAAAUGCACAAAAGAAUAUAUCUAAUGUAUAGGUCCUGGUGCCAGAGCUGGGGCUCUCUAUUUAAAAGGCUGUUGAUGUAGCAGAGGUGUACAGUUUGUGUGCGUGCGUGUGUGCCAAGUCACAGUUAUACAGACCAGAGUACCAGUCAUCUUUGGAGUCUUCUAUCAGAAUAUAAAUAGUGAAUAAUCUUAACAAAAGGGAAAAAAAAAAGAGAUAAAAGGCAAAAAAACCCCCACUUUUGUUUUUUAAAAGAUCUUCCUUUUAAAUCACUAGUCGUUUAUAUAAUGAAUGUCCAUUAAGCAGUUAAGCCAAAACAAUUUGGUGCUUGUACACUACAUUUACAUUCUAAUAAAGUGAUUUCUGAUAAAAGACACUGGUACCAGGGGUUUUAGCCAUACUAAAUAUCCCAAACAAUCCUUGCAGUUGUUAGAGGUGUUUGUUAUCACCCUGGAGCACAUGUAAAUGAUAGCUUUAGCUGCCAGUGAAACCCAACUUUCACCCGCAGUUGCCUCUGGAAUACCACUGUGGUUCUGUAUCUCCUGAAUACAAAGCAUCUGUGGUGUCUCAGAAGUUUACUGGAGAGUCACUUCUUUUUUUACUGUGAAGACCUGUUUGUGCCACUGAAUACUGUGGAAGUGGAUGUCCAAGACCCACUAGUUCUCUUCUGAUACUCUAAGGCAUGUGUGGUUUUUAGGAUUAGUUUAUGACUAAGGGUGCCUAAACAAUAAUAUUGUUUGCUAGCUCAAGUCUUUAAAAUCACUGUUUGCUAAAAAACAAGUCUUUCUAGUUGAUGAGGUGCCCUGAUGGCGGAAUGACAAUGAGAAAUAGCUCGUGAGUUUUGGCAUAAUAUAGGAAAUAUAAUGCCAGCUCUUUUUAUCAGUACUAAUCUGUGGUCGUUCUGGCCCUUACUUGAACAAAAAUAUUAAAGAUACUUUGAAUAGUUUUUUAACUCAAUUUUUAAAGCUGUUAAUAAUUUCUUAAUUAUAUUCUUAGAUUUCGGUUCAGCAUCAUUUACAGUAUUUCCAUGUGUGUGUUUUGUGUUAGGGGAGUGUGUUUGUGUGUGUGUGUGUGUGUGUGUGCGUAUUUAUAUCUAUGUAUACACAAAUAAAACUUAUAUAUAUUAUAUAUAAGUUAUAUAAGGAUAUGUGUUUACAUAGGUUUAUUUUAAGUAAUCAUGUCUCUGGAUGGUGGUAUGCUACUGUUUGUAACUUAACCAGUAACUGCCAUGAAUGGAAAUGCAUACAUAUGCUGUCUGUGACAUGAAUUUUUUUCAGGGGUGAAUGAUUUCCUAUCGUAAGUUUUAUCACAGGGGGUGUGUGCACAUGUUGGAGGAGGCUGGUGUGCAGGGUUCCGCGUCUGUAGAAGUCUGAAUCAAACACCCUUUGCUCCUGUGUGGGCUCUUCUCUGCCACCCUGGGGUGACACCGACCCUGGAAGCUCACUCAAAUAAACCCUGAACUGAGCGCUACCUUUCAGACACAGAUACAUUCAUUCUUUCUGCUCUCCUUUUGCAGGGAGAAUGUGCUACUAAUACCUUUAACUCAGGAGUGUAUCUGUGCAGUACAAUAAAAUGAGGUGUUCCCUGCUUUUAUGUUUUCAGAGCAAUGGAUGUAUUUACUGUAGUAACAGAAAAUUGACUUAGCUCAGUGCCCAUAUCAGCUACUAAAUGAUCUUUUCUGUCUUGAAGCAGCUUCUUUGUAGAAAUGGAUCUAACCUACAUUGGGAUAACUAAAUCAAUCUAAGCAGCAUGUUCAGAUCCACUGGCAUCAUCCUUUUACUGUUUUUCAGAUGAAUGGUAUUAACUGUCCAACUUCUUUUUUACUAUGUUUUAGUGCCUGGAAUAGUUUCAGUAUCUAGUAGCUGCUGCUACUUAUUGUCUCCUGAAACCAAGGAUCGCUUGCCAAGAGUCUGAUUGGAGUUGCAUUGUCAUGGCAGAACUGGAAGCUUGGAUGGCUCUUUAGAGCUCUGCUUCUGCAAUUCACUGUAGCUAUAUUAAGAUUAAAAUUGCACAGCUCGGGCACUGUCCUGACUGACAGAGGUUUCUAAACCUUUCACUGUCCUAACUAUUUUAAGAUGGAGGAGCACUUCAGGCAGUAUUCAGACUAUAACCUAUUUUGCCUCUGUUCCAGAAAGCAUUGAACAAUUCUAAAUACUUGUCUGCUGCCAAAUGCACACUCUAUACAGUUGGGGAAGAAGAGCGAACACCUUGUUUUAAACCCUUCUGAUUGUUUUUCUCAGUGUGAAUUGCUCACUGCUCUCCUGAAUUUUGAUGCUUUGGUAGAAGUUUCUGUGUGUGGUGGGUUGACCCAGACUGGACACGAGGUGCCCACCAAAGCCACUCUUUCGCUCCCCUCCUCACCAGGACAGAGGAGAGAAAUUAUAACGAAAGGCUCAUGCGUCGAGAUAAGGACAGGGAGAGAUCACUCACCAUUUACUGUUGAAGUAAAACAGACUCAACUUGAGGAAAUCAAAUCAGAGUAGGUUAAUGAGAAAUAAAACCAAAUCUUAAAACACCUUCCCACUCCUCCCUUCUUCCUGAGCCUAACUUUACUCCUAGUUUUUCUACCUCCUCCCUGCCAGCAACACAGGGGCAUGGAGAAUGGGAGUUGUGGUCAGUUCAUCACAUGUUGUUUCUGCUCUUCCUUCCUCCACAGGGGAGGACUACUCCCACUCUUCCCCUGCUCCAGUGUGGGGUCUCUCCUGCAGGAGACAGUCUUCGAUGAACUUCUCCAGCAUGAGUCCUUCCCACAGUUCUUCACAAUUCUUCCUUCCUACAGUUCUUCAUGAACUGCUCCAGCAUGGGUCCUUUCCAUGGGGUGCAGUCCUUCAGGAACAGACUGCUCCAGCGUGGGUCCCCUGCGAGUCACAGGUCCUGCAGAAAACCUGCUCCAGCGUGGGCUCCUCUCUCCAUGGGGCCACAGGUUUUGCCAGGAGCCUGCUCCAGCAUUGACUUCCCAUGAGGUCACAGCCUCCUUUGGGCAUCUCCCUGCUCCAGUGUGGGGUCUUCCCUGGGCUGCAGGUGGAUAUCUGGGUAUUGACCUUGGUGUCUGCAGGGCUGUUUCAUAUUCUCACUCCUUUCCCUGCCUCUGUUGCACAGAGGUUUUUUCCUCCCUUUCUUAAAUACAUUGCAGUAGAGGCACUGUCACUGCCACUGAUGGGUUCAGCCUUGGCCAGAAGUGGGUCUGUCUUGGAUCCGGCUGGCACUGGCUCUGUUGGGCAUGUGAGAAGCUUCUGGCAGCUUCUCACAGAAGCCACCCCUGUAGCUACCCGACUACCAGAACUUUGCUGCACGAAACCAAUAUACUGUAUUGGGCGCUGUAGUGUGUGGUCCUAGUUACAGUCCUCAAUGCGUCUGCACCAAAAUGGAGAUGUUAUCCAGAGCUGAGCAGUGCAGCAGGGCUCUGCUGGAGACCUGCACUUAGUUUGCAGUUGAGGCUCAACCAGAGUUUCCAGCAAGUCUGAGGGAAAUCUGCCUGAAUGAAACCCAAAGGAUUGCUCCCAAAUUACUUGAAGUUGUGCAGGACACUGCUGCAUUCCACACACAGUGUUCAGGCUUAAGGAUUUUAUUUGAUUAGCAAGUCUGGCUCCAGGCAGAGGUGAGGAUUGCAAGUGUGCUUGCUGAGAUCUCUGAAAAAUAUUUUAUCCCCAUCGGUGGCCAGCAGCAGCAUCCUUCUGUGGAGGAGCAGUCUAUUUCAUGUCAGUAACUCAACUCAACCCAUGGGAAUAUUUUUUGGAUAAGGGCUACCACGAGGUCUCCCCUUGUUUGGAUUUACCAAGAGUCCAAGCUGUAAUGAUAACUGCACUUUACUGGAAGUUAGAGAUUGCAGGGAGAGCCCUAAGCAGUGCUGAUACAAUUGGCAGUAGUGCAGAACAGUAUUUCUCUUUAAUUAGUGAAAGUUCUAGGUCUCUCUAACUUCUGAGUCAGUAACCAUGGGGGGAUUUGUCUGAAUGAGGCAUUAUCUUGCACUGCCGCGGAGUAGCCAACACUGGAUGCUGCUUGUGCUGUGACUGCCAGCAGAGCAAGGUGCCCUGGGCAUUCACAAUAUUUGUUUCUCUUUAUGGCCUGUAAGUUCAAGGCCCUGAAGAACACUUUUUUCCAGCAGAGCAGAGCCCCCUAACAUCUAAGUAGUUGUGCUAAGCUUUAUGUUGAAAAUGCUAGGAAGGAUGCUCUGCGGUGGCUGCUCUCGCUUAAUAGUUCUUCGUUUUCAGUAUGGGCUGCUCCUCAGGUUUCUGCUUGGCUCGGUAACAACUCUUAGUUCAGCUUCCAGUGCUGCUGGGUUUUCUUCUUGUGAGCUGUGGAGUUGUGCAAGCUUUCAUGCUGCUAAUGAGGAAGCUCAGGGUUAGUAGAUGUAGGCUCCACUUAUGACACUGUUUACUGUCUCUCGUCCCUGCUGUUACCCAUUAAUUUCCUUUCGAUUCCUUCACCCUCCCGCAGGGCCACCUGCUCCCCUGAGCUGGAGGAAUGGAGAAGAGCUGCCGUACUCCCAAGCCAGCUUUAGAGAGAUGGAUUGGCCAAUUGUGUACUUAAUAUACAUAAAAAUUGUGAUUUUUAGAGAAUCAUGCAAGCUGGAAGAAGUGCAGACCCAAAGGAUUUUGCACAUAUGUGAGCAGAUAGUCUGUUAUGAGCAGACUAUAGUUUGCCUGAAGCUUAUAAUUUUAGCUCCCACACCUAGAGAGACCAAGCUGACAGGCACCGCGCAUGUUAGGUAUUCAGGUUCACAGAAUCUCAGAGUUAUUCCCAGCCAUCUGACAGAGCUGAAAUGGAUGGGAGUGGGACAACUUUAAUCUUGGAGUAGGCUGGAAAACCUCAGGUUGCGUCAGUGUUUGUGCUGGUUAUUCGGGGCCGGGGGAUGGGGGUGCCAGGCUGGUGGAUUGAGUAAGAGGAGGAGGUUGCCAGAGGGCUUUUCAACACUGAAAUACUGCAUUGAGUUGAUCAAAUCCAUAUAAAAUUUGAACUUUUGUGGUAACAGGGAUGUUGAUGCCUGGCUUGUUCUAUAGUAAACUUAGUGACUGCAUAGCCAUACACUGCAAUAUAAAGACGCCGAAUUGAUUGAUAUUCAUAUAUUGGCUGUUCCUAGAAAGGGAAGUGAUUCUUAAUUAUGUGGAUUGACUGAGAUACAAAUGGGAAUUGCACAGUGGGUAUAACUGUCCUUUGAUACUAUGGCAGCAGGGUUCUAAUUGUUCGUCUUCAUUUCUUCCAUUGGGUCACUUGCAAAUAUGAAUAAGUAUCUAUGACAAAAGCACUUUUAUAUUUAGUUAGUUUGGGGGGGUAUGUCUUUUAGAUUAAGUAUGUGUCGUUGUCAUGACUUAGCAAGACAACAGCUACACUGGUAUGAGAGCAUACAUGAAUAUUGGGCAUUGAUUUGGUAUUUGGUGUUGGUGCCUCCAUUCUCUGUUGAAGCACCAGGCUUGGGGAGCAGGGAUGUGGUGUGUGCGAGGAGGUAGCAAUGCUUGUGGAUGCACAGUCGUGCAAAGGUAGAUGCUGACCCUCCGAAAACAAACAAGAACUUCAUCAUCUUCUGUGGGUCCCCCCAUUGGGGCUGGGAGGAGGAGAAGGGGAGCAUGUGUAGAGGAAAAGCUGCCUUGGGGCUGCUGCCUCCCUUCCAACAGAGGAAGAGCCUCCAGGCCUACUGCUUCACGUGUGAGAGAUCAUCAGUGGCAACACGGGCUUCGUUCGUUUCCCUGCAGCCAUUUUGCUGUGAGGUGGGUUGUGGGUGGCAGAGGAAUAGCUGCCUUGCUUCCUCCAGGAGUGCAAUUUCAGGCACUAGAGGAGCAUUGCCACAGAAGAUGAUGUUAAUCUGCUUAUAGUUUUUGCAGUUUGUGUUUCAAGGCAGGUGAAACUAAUAGAGAAAGAAAUGUAACUGUUCAAAGUUUUGACAAGCAAAAGCAAAUAUUUGCACAGAUACUGUGCUGGCUCCUGCCUUUUACUUGGGAUUGCAGAGUGUUGGGAGCAAUUCGUGCCCUCCUGGAGUGUGGUCCUGCCCCUGCAGCCCUGGCACUCGUCCUGCUGCUGCUCAGCCCCGGCAGUGCUGCGGCAAGCUUUGUGCCUGGACCCGGGGGGGCAGCGACUGGGGCAAAGAGGGAGAAGGGAAGUGCUGCAUCCAGGGUGCCCAGCAGUGCGACACUGGUAGGCACCCAGGUUACUUGUGCAGGGGGGAUGUCUUCUGCAACCUAAUUUUAGAAGAGUCUCAUUUUUUACUUCCUCAAGGAUGAGGUUCUGACCUUCAUUUUGUGUUUGUGACAUGAUUUGUGCUGCAGGAACAGCUGGGGCACAUGGCAUAGAGGUGCCAGUUUUCCAAGGUGUGGCAGAGAAGGCAGGUGAGACUUGCUCUCUGCAAUAACAGUUUUUCGUUUUCCACUGUCUCUCUCCUCACUAGCUUCCCCCUUGUGAUUUCUCUGCUUUUAUAUUUUGUCAGACUUGUCGCACUCACUUUGUAUUAUUACAUGAGGAAAAUACCAUGCGCAAAACCUUGCUUUCUCUAUGGGGAGCUGAUCUCUUUUGGCUCAGGCUACUUCUCUGACCUUAGCCCAUCUGUUUGUAAAAGCCAAAAACACCCCAACCCCAUGUUUUCCUUUGCAGAGGGCAUGUGCAGGUUUGUGUGGUGCUGGGAUGGGUAGCGAGAGCCUGGGCUCUGUGCUUGCUCAGUCAGAGUGGCUCAGGAACCUGGGGAAGAGAUGCUCGUGCAUAGGGUGCCUCGCUCUCCCCAUCUGUGAAAGGGGAGGGGGAUGCCCCAUGUCCCUCCCCAGUCAGGGGAGGUCAGGGCUGGGAAGCGCUUUGGGAUCCUGUGAGGGAUGGUAGCUGGAGCAAGGGAUGGGAAAUGCCCUGGUUAAUGGGCUGUGUGUCUUCAUCCUUUUGAGUCUUCUGUGUGGAGUGCAGACCCUGGUUUUCUCUGCCUGGCCAGCAUAAUCUAUAAGGCAUAGACAGUAUGUACUGUAAGGGUAAAAACUCCCUCUGGCAGAGAGGUUACAUUAACAAACUGGUGGAAAAUGGUUAUGCUUAGGGAAGGGAUGCUCAGAGAACUAGUCUGCCAGGGGCAGAUGCCCCCAGGCUGUAUCUGGCACUCUCUGGAUGUCCUGGAUGUGCCAUCAAAGCCAUGAUGCAAAACCAGAGCUGGCUGCCUUGCUCCAGCCACUGCCUGCACCUCUCCUGCCAUGCCCUGGCCUUUUGGCUGCCACUCAGCACCUGGGCUGAGCAAGCACAACAAGGCACCCCCCAGGUAGCCAGCCACCGGCUGCUGCUCCUCCCGGGCACAAUGAUGUGUUUUCCAGAUACAUUUAUUUUCUCUGCCUGUGAUAUUUGCUAGAUUAAAAUCUCUUUUUCCCUUACCAAGUUUAAUGUUUUUUGCUGUGCAUUUUAGAAACAAGUACUUGAUAAGGUGGGAAAAAACAGCUUUUAAUUAAGUGAUGCACCUAGCAGGGUUUUUUGGGCUGUGUGAACAUGCAGAGAAGGAAGAGGGUUUUACGUGUUGGAGAUCAUCUUUGUAAACUAUCCUCGACCUGUAAGACUGUUAAAUUUUACUGGUUUGUAUGCAUUUUACUUUUGUAAUUUUUUAAAUGAUUUGAUAGAAUUUUAUUUUAGGGCAAAUUCUACUUUUUGUAUGCGAUAUUCUGAUGUAUUUUUAUGUUUGAGGAAAUGAUGUUGAAACCACUGUAUACUUGUCAUGUAACACAUCCACUGUGUCAUUUCUUUUUAAAACUGGAAUCUGACCGUGAAGUGCGUGUUACUUUACAUACUGGUUGUUGCACAUUAAAGAGGUUACUCAGA